UCAGUAUGUCCGUCCGGCCGGCCGUAUACACGAUAACUUUCGAAAGGAGAGUCCGAUCACGAUGAAAUUUUCUACACAGUUCAGUCUUGAGAAUGUCUCGGUCGAGUUCGAAGAUGAGCAGGAUCUGUCAAGAGAUGGCUGAGUUAUCGAAAAAAUUGUCGUUAUUAAGAAGACCAUCCCAGAAGGGGGAUACAGGGAUUUUUUCAAAAAAAAUUUUUUUUCUCCGAAUUAUUCGCAAUAUAUAUGAAUCGAGUCAGUUUUUAAUGCUGAUUCCGAAUCUGAUAUUAGUGUUGAACCAAAUCGUAGCUUUCUAACAAAACAUCCCCCGAAAAAGGUCUUAAAAUGCAGAAAAACUACAUGAAGAAAGCAAAUAGUCUCGAUAUAUCUCAGAUGAUAAAAAACAAAGUGAAUAUACCUUUUCACUUUUUGAAGUACACAUAACACUCGGAUUUAAAUCCGAUGUUUUCGCAUUUAUUAACAUUUUAAAAUACUUUUUAUAAACUUAGUUUAAUGUCUUCAGUAUACGUUUUAAUUGAUUUGAUUUUCUAUGAUAUAAAUUUUGUAAGAUAUUUAAUCGAUCAUUAUAUUUUCUUUUUAGGACAAGUACGUAAAUGAAGAAAAAAAGAAAAGUAAACGAAAAUCAUACAGAGCAAUUGUGGAUGAAUGUCCAUUAACAUUUGAUGGAACAUAUGGUCUUACUAAAUCAAAUCAUUCAAUUGAAUUUUGUGAAUAUGAAAAAGAUUGUCGAGUCUUACUUUAUAAUCAUUUCAUUAGAAAACAUAAAUUAAAAGAAGUUUGUACUCAAUGUUUAACAGAAGCUAUUGCUGAUAAUCUUGAUCCAAGAACAACAAAAUUAUUUAAUGAAAAUGAAAGUAUAAUUGAUUAUCUUUGA